AUGUUAUCCACCUCGGGAUUUGGAUGGGAUGCUGAGAAGAAAUUGUUGCAAGUAGACAAGGUCGUGUACGAUGAAUGGGUGAAGACUCAUAAGAAAGCUAAAGGGUUGUUUGGAGUUCCAUUCAUUCACUAUGAAACUCUUGCGGAGAUAUACGCAAAAGACAAAGCUACCGGAGAUGCAAGUGAGUCGUUUGUUGAUGCUAUAGAAGAAAUGGGUCAAGAGAUUGAUAAGCAACCAUUCAAUGUCGAGAGUGAUGAAGAAGAUGAUGUGAAUUCUACUCAUUCGGACACUUAUUCUUCUACAAGUCAAUCCGGAAAACGCCCCAUGAAGAUAGAGGAUGAUCAUAUAACUCCUUCAAAAAUGGCAAAAGUGAAGGCUUCUACAAUUCAUUCUUCUGCAAGUGAUUCUACUACUCAAUCCGGAAAACCCUCUAUAAAGGCGAAGGAGACUAAGGUGAAAGGAAAGAACAAGGUAAAUUUGAAGAGUUUGUGUAGGAAUGAUGAUGAUGAUUUGGUGGCCUCCCUCCAUGAUUGUUCCAACAAUUUUGGGAAGAUAUUUGAAAAUAUCAAUGUUAAUCUCGGGACUAUGGCUAGUGCAUGGUCUAAAGCGGAAGAAAGGGAGCAAAGAAUGGAUGAAAAGGUGAACAAGGUAUUGGACGAGGUGAUGAAGUUAGAUGGCAUUUCUCCAUCCGAAGCUUUAGAGGUUGCUACUAUUCUCAUGGCGGAAGAACAUAAGCUUCGCAUCUUCUAUCAAGCACCAUUUAAUAUGAAAAAACAAUAUGCAAUUGAUCUUCUUAAGAAGAAGUAGCAACUUGAGCAAUGUCUUUGUUUUUUUGUUGAACAUAUGCAACUUGAGCAAUAUAGGUUAUUUUAUUAUUAGUCAAUGUUUGGAUAAUUAAUGAGUGUCAACUUUGCU